GAAGUGAUUGGUCGUUGCAUGCGUAGUGUGAAGAAGGGGACUCAUUGGACGAAGAAGAAGAAGAAGGGGACCUCUCGAGACCUCGCUAUUCGAAUGCCGUCGCUUUCUUAGCCUGCAGCCACACUUGAACACUUCCUCAGUCUAGCUCAGCUGCUCAGUUUUCGUCUAUCAGAAAUCUUACUUUCUUUCAGUCCUUCAGCAUCGUAAUGGCAGACGAGCAGAACUACGACCAACACGGCCAUGGCAUAGCCGACUACGACCAACACGGCCAUGGCAUAUCCGACUACGACCAACACUACUCUGGCAUACAGCAGGAUUUCAAUGAAAUGCCCCAGGGUUACGAUGAGAUGUCCCAGGCUUUCUCUGGCGUGACCCAAGAUUUCGCUGAGCAGUCGGGAUACGACCAGACCGGCGGAUAUUCUCUAGCCUACACUGGAGAGCAAUCGGGGCUUUCCACGCAGGAUCAAAUUGGGGCACCUGUGACCGAGAAAAGGGACGACAACAACGUCGCCUGCAUCGUCUGUUCUAUCUGUGUCCUCCUAGUGAUAGCGGGCCUUGUGGUCUACCUAGUCUUUGCGUCCACCGGAGGGCCCACCGACACCGGCGACGCUGACAUAAUACCCGGACGCGGCGGAGGUGGUGGUGGUGGUGGAAGUGGAAGUAGUCCAGGAAAAGAUGACGAGGACAUAAACGUACCGCCUGAAACGUACGCGCCGCCGACAGCACCCACGGCCCCUACAGCACCCACGGCCCCUACAGCACCCACGGCCCCUACAGCACCCACGGCCCCUACAGCACCCACGGCCCCUACAGCACCCACGGCCCCUACAGCACCCACGGCCCCUACAGCACCCGCGGCCCCCACAGCACCCGCGGCCCCCACAGCACCCGCGGCCCCCACAGCACCCGCGGCCCCCACAGCACCCGCGGCCCCCACAGCACCGACUACGACAACGACUACGACAACGACGACGACAACGACUACGACUACUACGACGACAACGACUACUACGACGACAACGACUACGACGACGACGACGACUACGACGACGACGACGACUACGACGACGACGACGACUACGACGACGACGACGACUACGACAACGACAACGACGACGACAACAACGACUACGACAACGACUACGACAACGACAACGACGACGACGACUACAACAACAACAAAGGACCCUUUCAACUACCAACCGCUUCUUUGCACCGUCGGUCGUUACGCAUUGCACAAGGCAAUGUACCCCCCGUCCGGCAUCUGUGACAUCCUCAUCUUCACGCAUGUCUAUUUUACCGACACCAAAAUGGUCUCAUUGAAUGCUGUAAGAGCCUUCGAGAUCUUCAAAUCCAUCGCACGGAGCCGGAGCAAAGACAGAUUCGCAGUUUCGCUUGACGUCAGUCGCAUCAACAGACCUUCCUUUGCGGGUGAGAUCGGCAACACGAUCACAAAGGAGGCGUGGAACAGCAACAAUAUCAAGCACUACGCAGCUCUGUCAAUUCCACUCGACUUCAAUGCAUUCAAGUCUUACGAUGCAGCCAAAGCAGCUAUGGAUGAACUUAAAAAACGCCAGGAUCAAUACAACCAAGACAAGGACAAUGAAGUCAGCUACCGUAUAGUAGGACUGAAGAUGUUCAACUACGACUCCUCUCUGCACAUCACCAAAUACGUCAAGGCCAUUAAUGUCAUGGUCCGCACCUGGAAAUUCAACAUCAUCGUCAUGGAGACAGCCAUCAACAAGCGGCUCGAUCUGGAGAAGGGUUGCAAAACAUUCGCAACCUCAGCGUGGAAAGACCCGCAUGGGAUGUAUCAACCCUCCUUUGUCAAAGCAAUCGAGGUGUUAAAUAGGACAACUGUACGCUUCCAAACAUUCGGGAAACUUACCGUGGUCUUCGCCUUCACAAUGGGCGUUUCUUUCUACCAGUUUGACGAAUACCAAAUUUACAUAAAAACGGAUCUCGACUGCAAGCGUAGUGGCAUGGUGGCAUACAGUCAGGUCUGCGAGGGUAAUCGUAAUCUUUACGGCCAAUCUGACGACUUGAAGGUUGAACUGGUACGUGCUUUCUCGAAUGGAUUCACGAUGUACACUUACGACAGUGCAUCUACACUAGAAUCUAAGAUGGCGUGCGCCCAAAAGUCAUACGGCCAGCGAGCAAUGGGCUUCAUCUUAUACGACAGCGAGUUCACGGCAGCCAACGUGUCUUGCGAUGGGCACCGGCAAACGUUUGCACGUAUGCGGCUUGUCAGAGCACUCAUGAACACUUUCAAGAGCUCUGGUGCACCUUCGGGAUUCGAUUACAGCAAAUGCAGGUGAUGGAAGAUAAAGUAUGUACGACGAACGCA